GGCCGCCUCAUGUGCGUCAUUGCCAUUUAGGCCCUAUUCGUUUUCUGUAUUGUGAUCCCAGCAAACUAACGCUACAGAAAUGGUGGACAACCUAUCCGCCGAAGAGUGGCUAUGGCGUUCACAAGAGCUUGUCCCGGUGGCGCUGGAGAAGGCCAGGAAGGUUAAAGGAUUCCCCAGUAGGUGGAAGGUGAUUAUUUCCAAAUUGGAGCAGAUCCCAUCAAGAUUGUCAGAUUUGUCUACUCAUCCGUUCUUCUCCAAAAACGCUCUGUGUAAGGAGCAGCUGCAGGCCGUAUGGAACACACUGAAUGAAGCAAUUGAGUUUGCCGAGAUGUGUGCGAAAGAGAAGUAUGAGGGAAAGCUUCGGAUGCAAAGCGAUUUGGAUGUUUUAUCUGGGAAAUUGGAUCUGAGUUUACGCGAUUGUGGGCUUUUAAUCAAGACUAGGAUGCUGGGUGAAGUUACUAUGAACACUGUAGCAGAACCAGAACCAGAUAGAAGGGAUUUAAGAGAAUUGCUUGCCCGGCUUCAAAUAGGGCACUUGGAAGCUAAGCAUAGGGCUCUUGAUGGGCUUCUUGAAGCCAUGAAAGAUGAUGAAAACACCAUUCUGGAAGUCUUGACCCGUAGCAAUGUUUCUGCUAUAGUCCAGUUACUCACAGCAUCUUCUCCUCAAAUGAGAGAAAAGGCAGUCACAGUGAUCUGCUCACUUUCAGAAUCUGGGUGUUGUGAGAAAUGGCUAGUUUCAGAGAAAGUGAUUCCCCCUCUUAUACGCCUUCUUGAUUCCGGGUCUUCUCUGGGUAAGGAGAAGGCUGCUAUUUCUCUUCAGAGAUUGUCAAUGUCAGCAGAAACUGCCGGGUUGAUUGUUGGCCAUGGAGGGAUUAGGCCAUUGAUUGAGAUCUGUCAUACCCAGGAUUCUGUUUCUCAGGCUGCAGCUGCUUGUGCACUGAAAAAUAUAUCCGUUGUCCCCGAGGCCCGACAAGGUCUUGGCAACGAAGGCGUCGUGGAGGCGAUGAUCAAUCUUCUCGAUUGCAGUACGGGUCCCGAGUUAAAAGACUACGCCGCUCAGUGCUUGCAGAACAUCACUUCCGGUUCCAGUGAUGAUGAGCUUAGAAGAUGUGUUAUUGAGGAGGGUGGACUUCCCAGCCUGGUUUCAUGUUUACCUCAUGAAUCUGCAGUGGGCGCGUUAGCAAAUUUGGUCGGCUAUGUCCCCGUCGAGACAUUGGUUUCACUCGGUGUCCUUCCAAGAUUGGUUCAUGUCGUCAGAUGUGGAUCAAUUGGUGCAAAGCAGUCUGCAGUGUCUGCAAUCUGCAGAAUUAGUACCUCUCCCGAAGCGAAAAAGGCGGUGGGCGAGAGCGGGUGCAUCCCGCUUCUCGUCAAGACGCUUGUCGUGGCAAAAGAGAAUAACGGGUUGAGAGAGGCUGCUGCCCAAGCAAUUUCCAUCUUGAUGACCCUCGGACAGAAUUGCAGGGAAGUGAAGAAGGACGACGAUAGCGUGCCAAAUCUGGUGCAAUUGCUCGACCCGAGCCCUCACAACGCUGCAAAGAAGUACGCCGCUUCUUGCCUGGUGUUGCUGUCGUCGAGCAAGAAAUGCAAGAAGCUAAUGAUCUCCCACGGGGCGAUCGGAUAUCUCAAGAAACUUAGCGAGAUGGAUGUCCCGGGUGCCAAGAAGCUACUCGAGCGUCUCGAAAGAGGGAAUUCGAUAUCUGGUUUGUUUAGUAGGUGAAGUACAACUUCUGCAUAGUCUGACUUUGGGUUUCAAUAUCUCAAACAAAGUGACAUUAACUGCAAAACAUAGAGCUUGUUAACCUAUGCAACCUAUGCGACUUGAUGUACAUCAAAUAAGAAUAUAAAUUGUGGAAAUCAUCAUUCUAGUUUUCUUCUUUA